UUUAUUAGGGGAGUGCUUGAGGGUGUUCAUUAUCCAUAUCCUAUACUCAACACACACCUGUGCGUCUUCUCUGAAACUCUUUCUUUAGAAAUUCAGGCAACGUUCCUUCUAAAGGGAAAAUUAGGCUCAAAGUAGUGCAAAUUGAAAGAGUAUGUCCCUUUCCCAGAAGGCCCUGUCACUGUGUUGUAUCUUUCACAGUUCACCGAAACCAUCCUCAGCCACUCCAUGCUACACCACCAGUUACCCUACGCAAAAGACUUCAUUAAGAACAACCCAAAUCCAAAGACUCAACCCUCCAUUUCUCAGAAGUGAUAAACAGCGAUGGAAGGUGAAGCCUUUAUCAGCAUCUCUUUCGUUUCCACAGCCACUUGACCUCACAGAAGACAACGUGAGACAGGCUUUGGUCGAUGCUCGAGCUGAACUUGCUGCGAUCUUUGACACAUCUGUUGGCAUGACAGGUGUAGUUGAAUUGGUGGAAUUAGAUGGACCUUACGUAACGAUUAGUCUCAAGGGUAGGUUUUGGCACAAGCGUUCAACUGUCCUAGCCAGACUCGCCAAUUAUCUCAAACAGAGGAUUCCUGAGAUUUUAGAGGUUGAAAUAGAAAAUGAGAAACAAUUGGAUGAUAGUCCUGCCAAUUUCUAAGAGAGAGACAAUGAUGGGUAAAUCCUUCUCAACUUGAAAAGCUUGGAUAUGAGGAUGCUCACUAUUUUGCAUUCUUAUGUUAUUUUCCACUGAUUCUUCAAGCUUCUUUGGUACUAUAAAUGGUAGAGAACGUUCUGAAUCUGUAUUAUUUUUUUCAUUUCAAGCACACAUGUUGAUGUAUAAAUAAAUGUUGCAGAAUAUUUAAGAUCUUCAGAGUGUUUAUUAUCAUUGAAACAUCACUUGAGAGAUUUCUUGUAGCAACUUCAAUAUGAUAUUUGAUUGGACUAAAAUAAACACAGAUAGUUUAGUUA